GUUGACGCUCGUGCGGUGCAGUUGUGGUGCGCGCUUGAAGAGUGCUUUUCGUGCGUGCGUGCGUACGCGUGUGUAUGUCGUGUGUUUUUCGUGCGCGUCGUGUUUUAUUGUUAUGUUGCGAUAUUUUUUGGGGGAGCAUUUUUCGACAGAGAAAGAAUAAAAAAGUUUUCGUUGACCUUUUAAAGCUUUAGAGAAGCUACGAUUUUAGUGCCAGCUUGGUGCAGUGAAAUCCGGAAGAACCCGCAGCGAUUUGUGGGGUGUGUGAGAGCGACCUUUCGGCGCUUACGGGGCCAAAAUAAACAAGUGAAUUUCGUGAAGAAUAAUAACAAGUUGCGUUAGCGCAAGCAGAGAGAAGCCUCUUGUGUUGUGGUCAUCAUUCAAGGUAGCAAUUGGAGUAAAGAGAAGACCAGCGCGAAGAUUCGUCAGCAUCCCAAGAAGAUAAAAAAGAUCAUGCAGCACUGUGUGAGUGUCGACUUUGUUAUCAGCUCGUGUUGAUAUCGCACUGAAAGAAGAGGCGACAAACCAAGAAGAAGAUACAAUCGGUGGUGACGUUUCUCUUGUCGGUCCAAGAGUUGUCAACCUGAGUGUUUUGAAGGGUUUUCGGGUGACGAUAGUGACCCUGAAACCUCCGGUCAAGGUGGUCAAGCGUUGGGAUAAAUCGGCACUGCGUGACACGGUGUGAGAGUGUGUUUGUGGAUGUAGUGUGCAAAGAAAUACACCGAUACAAGAGUCACCCAUACCGGAAUACUUGGGAAGAAAUCGAUUUCCUUACGGGGAGGCGAUACAGCACAGUGGUUGAGCACGUGAAGUUCAGCAGAUUGCAGGUCAGCGGUAACCAUUGUGACCUGUCAAACAAUGUGACAGUUCGACGAGUGUCACAACAACAACAGUGCAUUGUCGUCGUCGGUGGUACCUGAAGCAACACUGCGUUGAGGAAGACCGUCGUGUGUGAUAAGAAAUUGUUUAUUUUUGAUAGCAGCGCCUACUCAUCCUACGAGGCCGAAACACGGUCCCGAAGUUCAACCCCGGGGUAGAAACAACCAUCUGUGUCGCGUUUGUGUUUGUGUUUCGUUUUGUGCGUGCGUGUGUAGAAAGCAAUGAGUGCUAUGUUUGUGUACAACAAAGUGCAGCCGAUUCUGUACUGCUUACGACGCAGAGAAGAUCUUUAACUAACCCCCUGUCACAAUAACCCACUACGAAAAAAAAGAAGAACCAAACCGACCGUUCGGAAUGGCCGAAGAACCGAGCAGUCCCAUUCCGGCGUGUCCGCCGUUGCCCAAGGACCUGGUCGCGGCGGUGACCUCCCCGCGCAAGCCUCCACCUUCGAAACCAAUCAAUCGGGAUGUAAACAACCGGCGAUUCCCAAAGGCCGCCCCCGUAGUGGUGACCCCCAACGAGGACACCGUAUCGCUGGAGGAGGUCCUGAAGACGUUCAAUGCGCCCAUCUCCGAGGACCAGGCGUGGGCGUUGAUCUACCAGAGUGCGCGCAUGUUCAAGGCCGCACUGCUGCAGGAAGGCGAAGGGGGCGGGGACGGGGAUGAUAGUGGUGGGGGAGGGGGCGACGAUGGGGACAGUGGAAGUGGUGGGGGUAGUGUUAGUGGGGGUAAGGGUGGGAAACGGAGAGGACGGCGACGCAGGCCGGAAAUCCGGCUGCCGGUCAAGACGCGGCACCUGAACGUCAACAAGGACGGGAGCUGCUCGGUCGCGGUCGGAGAUGAAGAAAAAGACAUCUGCGUGACAUCGUCCCAGAAAAAGAUCCUCUUAAAACUAGGCAUCGUCGUUUACACCGCACUUGACUACAACCUGCCGCCUAAUGAGGACUGCCCAAUGUCCCACGAGUUGGAGGAGUUGAUCGAGUUCAUGACAGCCGAAGACAAUGACGAUGAAGGCAUCGAGCACGACUCCGAGGAACCGGUGACGGACGAGGACGAGGCGGUCGUGGCUGACCACGUGGAUGAGGAGUACGACGAGGACGAGGGAGCGGACGGGAACGGCGGCGAGGACGAAGAUCACCGGCAUCACCAGCACUACCACUACCCGCGGCUCGGCCAUCAUCACCACCACCACCAUCAUCAUCAUUGCAAUGGGGAUGACGGCACGGGUCGGAGCAAAUCACAUCACGAAACCAAAGAACUGGAUCACGUACUGGCGUUCUGCUCGUCACGUGUGUCCCCAUCGAAGCCGGAGGACCACUACCGGGCCGUGUGCCGGGCGUUGGCCACCGAAACGCUAGAGUUAAGAACGUUCCUACAGCGGGUAUGCACGGGCGAGGGCGCCGAGGUGCUGCGGUUGAAGGCCCAAGCCGAAACGUCCGGCAAGGAGCUGGAGAAGAUCCACUUCAGCGAUUGGUUGGACGACCACAGGAUUUGGCAAGCGUUGCAAGCCCGCUUCUGGAUGCAGGUGGUAGACGAGCUGCGGCGGGGAGUCCGACUGAAAAAGAUCAGCUGCUCCCGAACGCCGAUCGAGUACGAGCUGACGCCAUACGAAAUCCUGAUGGAGGACAUCCGGUCCAGAAAGUACAAUCUUCGCAAGGUGAUGGUGGACGGUGACAUCCCGCCGCGGGUCAAAAAAGACGCUCACGCCGUCAUCCUGGAGUUUAUCCGAUCGCGGCCCCCGUUACGCAAGGCCUCCGAUCGGAAACUUGCCCCGCAGCCGUUAAAGCGCGUUGCCUGCCCCCGGGAGCAGCUGCUCGAUUCCAUCCGAAAAGGACGCGUGCUCAAGCCGGUGCAUCCGAAGCUGAAAACAAGACGCGUCGCAUCCAUGAUUUCCAUCAUGUUCCCAAUGCCACAACCAUUUCAUUGCAUCAACAUCUUUUUACCAACCACACAACAAAUAGAUAGCGUAAAGAAAUCAUGUGAUGAACUAGCAAAUAGUAGCAGUAGCAAUAGUCAUAGCACAACCAACAACAACCAACAGACGGCGGCGGCGGCGGCCACUUCGGCGGUCGUGGCCAGUUCAGCUCCAACGGCGCAGAGCUCUGGCAGCGGCCGACAACACACGGGAGCGACGGCGGCCAAGUCGUUCGGAGCGGCCGCCAUGUACGCCAACUCGCCCCGAAACACCCUAAGACUGAUACCGGUGGACUUUUCGCUGUUUGAGGAUGACGACUUCAUCAUCGAAACGGCCCCAAACGGCGAUUCCACGGCACCGGGCUCGAGCCAUCCGAGGCCAAACGGUGGCGGCCGGUAUGCCACCCUGGUGCCCGGUUCCAAGCGGUCCGGCGGCGCCAGUACAAAUCUCAUCAACAAUGAAAACAACCAGAACAACAUCAACACCGUACUACGGCGGACAAAAAAUAUCAUAACGCACGACGAGUACCAUAGGUUCUGUGAUAAAGCACUCGAAACGUACGAUCUGGCAACGCAGUGCGAAUCGCGCCGGGCGUCGAUGCGCCGCCACACCAUCAUCGGCUGCAACCAAAACUACAAACUGGACCACCUGAGCAGCCACUCGAUGCCUCCGUCGCGACCUGCCUCCCGCCAGUCGGACCACAACGGAGGAGGUUCAGCCCAGCAAACCCAUGCUCAGGGGACACCCCAGCACACUCAGCUGACGACAACGUCAACGGCAACGACCAGCAAUGGAUGCGCCGCCGUCGUAGCCGGAGAUCUGCUGGUGGCCAGCAGCAACAUGUCCUCGCUGGACACGUGGACAAAGAGUUCCCUGGACGAGCACCAGUGGAAGGACACCUUCAACCUGAACGACCGACUCUCGCUGACGCUGGAGGAGAUUGUCCACAUACGGUCCGUGAUGACCAAGGCCGAACUCGAAGGUCUCCCCGUGGACGUCCACAUCAAGGAGGACGUCGAGAAGCGCAAGGUUUGCUUCCUGUGUUUGCGAACCCGCUUUACCCUGUUUGCCCGCGGCAUUCUGUGCAAACUGUGCCAGCGGACGGUGUGCAACAAGUGUAACCAAAAGAUGCGAAUACCUACCGAACAUUUCCGGAAUGUUCCCGUGGUGCUCCUGUCGCCGUCGCUGAUGAGCAGCCCGUGCACGUCGAACACGCCGUCGCCCAGCCAUCACCAAGCGCAUGGCGGAGGUUCCGGACCGCACAGCCUCGUGGACGAAACGUUCCCGCGGUCGCUGAUGGAGCGGCUGCUGCGGCCCGAGUUAGACCGAAAGACUCGCAACACCGUCGGUAGCGCUCCAUCGUCGCCAAAGAACCAACGCUCGGCUUCCAGCACGCCGGGCAGCAGCCUGCACGGCGCCGAACCCCUUUCGCUGCCCAUGACCAACGGCAGUGGCGCCAAAGAUCACAACCACCACCCAUCGGCAACUGCAUCCGCCACCACAAGCCAACACCAAAAGAGUCUAUCGCUGAUGACGCGCAGCAUGGAGGGUCCGCACAGUCUUCCGCCGCAGAGUCCGGCCCGGCCACACUCCAACAACAGCACGCUGGACCGAAGCACUUCCAGGAACCGGUUCGCCAAGGCGUUCACCCUGUCGGCGGCGGCCGCCGCCGGUCAAAACUCCGUCAUCGACCCCCAGAAGGAGCGGCUGACGGGGGAGCUGAUGGCCGUGUGCAACGAUUGCCGCAGCCUGGUGCUGGAGAUUAUUCGGUCGUCGCGCCAGACGCGAUCCUCGGCGCAGAACCAGGCGCUGCGGAACCUCACGCUGGACCUGUCGCCGGUCUACAAGCGUUAAUCUCAAAACGACAUGCCAAACAGGUGCUGAUUGUUAUAUCCCUCUUUCGAAAAAGGGUGCCCCUUAUUUUUCACUCUCUAUUCAACGGUUGGGUUCUUUUCUCUCUUUGUGAAAAAUCAAAUUUGAAGCGAAAAACGCGCGCGCAACUCGAGCUUAAAGUGAACUUUUCGUAAUUUAAAUUAAUUUAUUCGCUAACACUAGCUGUUAAGGGUGCGGGGGUGGUUUCCUUUCUGCACGCUUUGCUACCAAAUUUUUACUUUUAUAAAUUCCUAGCAAAUUUUUCCAACUGUUCCUUAAAGGGUGCACGCGUUCGAAUGUCCCUCCCCGCAAUCAACAACACGAAACAAAAAUGUAAGAAAAAGAGACAACGAGGUCUCUUAAUUUUUACCUGGUCGAAAACACCACCAUUUGAAUAAUUUGAACUUGUGUUUUGCAGAAGACACCUAUUUUUAUAUGUGCAUCACACUCUCGAAAAAAGCGCGUAGUAGCGUUUCUUUGAAUUUGAUUUUUCGCGCGCAGAAAAUGGUUUUCUUUUUUUCUGAAAAGCAUGCUUGUUAUGUUACGGAGGAUUUGGGAGGAAACACACACACACACAAUCACACACAAAACCAAUUGUAAAAAGUAUAACCAAUUGUAUUGAUAGGAAAACUAACCGUGACUUGUUGAAGUUAAAAAUAAAGGAAUGUUGAAACGAUUAACCUCCUGCGAAUUUAAUCACGUUUGAAGAAAGAGAGUUGAAAUGUCUUCCUUUUGUAGGAUUUCUUUAACGUUUUUUUACAAAAUUCAAAAAAAUAUAUGUUUUGCCAGCAAUAAGUUUUCCAAUCAUCCAAUUACCUUGAAAAAAAACCAAAUCAGGUAAAGGAAACAAUAUCUCAGAAAAGAAGGCAGCAUGUUCAGAAUGGAGCAAAGAAAUAACACAAAUUACAGUUGUUGAUAGAAAAGUAAAUCACACGCAAACAAACAAUCUAUCGAACUAAACCUUACUCGAACUUCACGAAACUGUGAACAAACACGAUCGAGUAGGAUCGCAACUACAUAGAGACUUCACGAAACAGGACCUCUUCCCGAAGCACAUCUCAACUCGUAUCAACCGUAUCUCUCUUUCAAUAUCCUUGAAUAUGUUUAGCAAAACACACACACAAGCAGACACAUCUAGGUUUACAUCCGUUUCGCGAGUAAACAAGUAAAUAAGUUGCUGUAAAUCUCCUUGAAUAGCAUGAUACUCAUAGGCUAACGCUGUUUAAAAAUCCAACACUUUGUAAAUAACCAAAAUCAAAUGAUUACACUUAUAUAUCGUUUUAGUAAGAGCUAUAACCACAACAACCAACAAAACAAAUCACACUUGCACACUUUUUUUUUAGUUCGUACGAGGCAGAAACAUAGUUUAGUUUAAGGCUGCAUUCUUGUCUACCUAUAUUAUCGCUGAUCGAUCAACGGCAGCACACAACACAGAGGAAUAUUAAUUGUGUUAAUAUUUUAAUCGCAAAUCAGAAACUGACUACUGCUACACACACACACCCACAUCAGAGCAACGUGCGCGCAGCAUUGUGUAUAGUUAAAAUUUUAAAAAACAACAACUAGAUUAAUAUAUAUCAAGAGAGCUGUUAAAUUGAGAAAAUAUAACGCAAAAGUACUAGAAGUGG